AUGACACAAGUUUCAAGAAACAAGAGACAAACAUCCUCAAGCAUAAACACAAAACUUCUUUUGGGAGGGCUCUCCAUCCUCUUGAUCGCGUCGCAUUCUCAUCUUUUUGUAAACGCACAGCAAACAUACAGCCAGGGAAAUAGCAAUAGUGGAUACAGCAAUAAUAAUAAGAACAAUAAUCAGGCUUCAUUAACAGCAGAAAUAAUUUCACCAGUAGUGGACAAAUCAUCAUCACCACUUCUUAUCAAGAUCCCAAUUAUUAAUGGUGUAGCUACGCCUUUAAAUGCGGACGAGAUUGUAGCCAUCUUGGAUCAGAACCGACAAACUCUAUCCGACAAAGAGCAAGACAACAAACAAAAUAACAAUGACAAAAGAAUAGAAACAGAAGGAGGAACGGUCUAUUAUGAAUUAGAUCAUAAGGUGCCUUCAGCCAACGUCUUUGAAGCUAUGUAUCUGAGCCGAGGUAGUACAAAUACCAAAGAGAGGAGAUCAGACAUUAAGGAGAAAAGGCGAACGUUAAGACGCUCCUUAGUAGACGAAAGCUUGGCUGGUAUGGAGGCUAAAGUAGAGAGAAGGUUAUUGAUUAGCAAAUUACUACAACAACAGCAACAACAACAGCAACAACAACAGCAACAACAACAUCAACAACAACACCAGCAGCAGUACCAGCAAGGAAGCCUUUCUAAUCACAUCUAUAAACAUAACUUGGGGCCAGAGCCAAGCUCGCAGGAUACCAUACCGGAGAGUAACAACGGUAUUAGCAAUGCUGGCCUCAACAGCCCUUCUCUCAAGGAUGUACUUGUUGCUGUGGAUGAAAACCCACUUAUCCUUCAAGCAUCUGGGAAACAUGGUGCCGUCGAAAGUAAUCGAAGAGCUAAAUGGAAUUGGCUACCAUUACUACAAAGUGAUCCAAUUCUUGUUGAAUCAAAUGGCGGAGCAGUGGAAGGAGUGGGAAGGAAAGAAGGGAAGGACAAUGAUGACGAUGAUUUUGAAGAAAUAAUCGUCCCUGAAGGAUUUGAAGGUGAUGAGGGUAGCGAGGAGACCAGCAAUGAUGAUAAUGACAACAAAAUCAAUGUCAGAGCUUCUUCUGGUUCGAUUACCUCGCGUGGUUUGAUCCCUUCUGUCUUAGGAGCACACCAUUGUACACCCCAAUUCUGUGUCAAUGUCUCAUUAUCAGACGAUGCCAAGUUCGCUACCUUCCAUAUCGAACGCCCACUAAAAGAAACUGGAUGGAUCUCUCUCGGAAUAGGAUAUGCAAUGACCAUGGCAGAUCUCUUGAUCUUUUGGCCCAAUCCUUCAACAGAAAACGGGGGUGGUCCUCGAGGAGUCACCUUUUCACGCCGGACAAGCCAUGCUUAUGUAGAACCACAGCCGGUUGGUCAGUCAAGCCACCGUCGUGGAGAUGAUGACGACAGCACCAACGAUCUAGGAGAUAAUGAAGCAGAAGCAAGUUUAUACCCUCCAAACGAAUAUAUUCUACAUAAUGCAAACUCAGUUGCUAAUUCAGAAGCGAUCAAGAUCUUCCCCGACAGCAAUCGAUUCAUCGUUCAAUUUACCCGUCCAGUCCAGAUUAAAAACACGGCCUUCAAGCUGACACCGGGUGAAGAACAGGAUUUCUGCUGGGCUUAUUCUCCACAACCAAUCUCUCCUGAUUCAGUCGCAGAUCCUGCAGCCCAUAUCUCUCAACAUUUAAGUGUAGGAACUUUCGCAUUGGACGUAGGCGCAAACCAGCCGCAGCUGAAGGAUGCUAUCUUGAUCCAGAAACAAGAACAAGAACAACUGGACGCUGCUGAGAAGGAACGCACGAGGAAAGAACAAGAAGCGGCCAAUAGAAGAAUUGAAGGACAAGAAACUGGAGCUGAAGCUGGAGCUGGAACUGGAGCUGGAGCUGGAACUGAAAAGGAUAGAGAUUACUAUUCAAGCAAAUAUCGUCCUCCUCAUGGUUCAACAAUGGAUAGCAGCAGAUCUUCUGAUGCUGCCAGUUUGACAGCUUGGUUAGUGAGUCUCGGCAAUGGGCGCUCGAUGGCAUUACAAGCGUCCUCAUGGCUGAUAGCUUUGACCCUAAUGUACCUUUUUCGUUAA